UGUGAGUCGGCUGAAGAGCUGCACAGGCUGAUGUGAUCGAGCCCCUGCACAUAUUGGGACGCCCCCCACUCCAAACAGGUCCUGCUAUGGUGAGGUCUUUCAGCGAUGAGUGAUGUCGAGGCGACCUUUGAGGACUUCAUUGCCUCUCGACGGUCCGGACGCAGGAACGCCAUCCAUGAAAUCCCAGCAGGCCCUGGAGAGCAGGGACCCAGCGGCCUGUCAGAGAGUCUAGCACAGCUUAACAUCAACAAACCAGGAGAAGGAGAAGACGCUGAGAAAAGCCAGGACUCUCCCACCAAGAAGGAGGAGUGUCAAGGUGAGGGCGACUGAAUGGCCGUUUAUGGACUCAGGAAAGUCACACUCACUGUUCUCUGCCUGAUCCCUGGAAGCUCGGCCUCUGACUGGCACCAUGACUACAAAGACACAACGCAAAAUCCUCCGCUGGCACCGUCACACCAUCAGGAUGACAUCACCGUGCUAAUCUCAAUUCUGUAUCCUUCCUGCGCUCCAGGAUGUUCCCAUUUCCUUAAAAGCAUUCUUUCCUCACUGACACUGUCUCUGCUCUCAGGUAGUUGAUACAGGAUCAAAUGUGAUGCACGGUGAACACAUCAUGAUUUUGGACAACCAGAAGCAGCUAUGUUUAUCUGAGAGAAGCUCGGAGGGGGAAGGAGAGAAGGGAACAAAGGCCAUUCAAGAAUUUGGGCGCAGGAUCAAAGGUUUCUGAUGAAUUUGAGUUUCGUCUUGCUUUGAGUCAACACUUUUAGUCUCACUAAUCAGCAUUAGUGAGACUAAAACGCUUCCAGGGAUCCCAGGACAGUGAUGGGAUAGCUUCUCAUCCUCUGCCCUUAUUGAAUCAGCACACCCACACACGUACUUUCCUCAUCAAUGCUCAAUAAUUUUUGGGGUUCGUACUCCAUCCAUUUGUUGAAUGAAUUGGUC